ACGGACCAAGCUACUUCCGGGAAAGAAUGGGCGGGUAGAAAAUUAUGCGUGUUUGGCGGGUUUCGCUCUCUUCCUAAAUAUUUGAUCAUUCCGCAGCCAAGGGAGCCCGACACGUGAAGAGGGAGUGACACCGCCACUGCCGGAACAGAUUACUUCGGGUACACCGAUGGCUACGUCUAUGGAUUUUAAAACUUAUGUAGAUCAAGCAUGUAGAGCUGCUGAGGAAUUUGUUAAUAUUUACUAUGAGACAAUGGAUAAAAGAAGACGGGCACUAACCAGGCUGUAUCUGGAGAAGGCCACUUUAAUAUGGAAUGGAAAUGUUGUUACAGGGCUGGAAGCCCUAACUAAUUUUUUUGAGAUGUUGCCUUCUAGUGAGUUCCAGGUCAACAUGGUAGAUUGCCAACCAGUUCAUGAGCAAGCUACCCAGUCCCAGACUACAGUUCUUGUCGUGACCAGUGGAACUGUGAAGUUUGAUGGAAACAAACAACACUACUUCAACCAGAGCUUCCUGCUGACUGCUCAGUCCACUCCUAACAACACUGUAUGGAAGAUUGCAAGUGAUUGCUUCCGUUUUCAAGAUUGGGCUACUAGUUAAAGGGGGAAAGUCCAUUCUCCUUCAGUCCAUUAGUUCCAGUAACAGAAAUUUAUGUGAAAUUAAUUCAUUUUAUUGUAGAAGCACUAUAGAUUAGUAUACGCCGAGACAAAAUUUCUUUAAUAAUUUUUUAUUCCUAGCAGCACCUUUUCUAGCAGCUGCCAGUUUGAAUUAUUGCCCUUAAGAGCUUUAAUGCUAGUUUUUUACAUGCCUUAUAUACAUUCCACUAAUGACAUUCUUAUAGUAAUAUCAAACAUGUGAUCUUCGUACUUAACAUACUCACUGUGAACCCAGCCUAUCGCAAAAAUAAAAUCCUUUUAUAAU